AUGGGCCCCACGGAGCGUUUGGCAAGGCCAGGGCGCUUUUUCGGUGUCUACCUGCUCUACUGUUUGAACCCUCGGCAUCGAGGCCGCGUCUACGUGGGGUUCACCGUAAACCCUGUUCGUCGGGUUCAACAGCACAACGGGGGCCGCAAAAAAGGCGGGGCCUGGCGGACUAGCGGGCGAGGGCCCUGGGAGAUGGUGCUCCUCGUGCACGGUUUCCCGUCCUCCGUGGCCGCCCUUCGGUUCGAGUGGGCCUGGCAGCACCCGCACGCCUCGCGCCGCCUGGCGCACGUGGGACGGCGCACGCGCAGAGAGGCGGCCUUAGAGUUCCACCUGCGCGUGCUGGCGCACAUGCUGCGGGUCCCGCCUUGGGCACGCCUCCCGCUCACGGUGCGCUGGCUGCGUCAGGACUUCCAGCAGGACCUCUGCCCGCCGCCACCGCCGCACAUGCCCCUGGCCUUCGGGCCGCUGCCGCCACCGUCACGAGGCCCUGGGUGUGAAGCUGUUCCCAAUGCUGACCCCGAGCCGGACCUGGGCGCCGAAGUCCUCUGUGCCCUGUGCACCCGCGCGCUCCAGGACGAAGAAGACCCCUUGUGUUGCCCCCAUCUUGGCUGCGACCUAAAAGCCCACGUGAUCUGCCUGGCAGAGGAGUUCCUUCGAGAGGAGCCUGGGCAGCUUUUGCCACUAGAAGGCCAGUGCCCUGGCUGUAAGAACUCGCUGCUGUGGGGAGACCUCAUCUGGCUGUGCCGUUCAGGAACUGAGGAAGAUGAGGAAGACUUGGACUUCCAUGAGGAACACUGGACAGACAUGCUGGAGAACUGA